AAUCUCCACACACCGACGACACACAGACAUCCUAGCGACCCCCGUGUUCAUUUUUCAAAACUGCUGCGACAAAACAACCGAGCAGUGAGAGUCGUAAACAACAACCGAAGGUCGUUUUUUUUUUCUAGCUAGCAACGGUAGGCUGGUUAGCUCGCAAGCUAACUUAGCUCGCUAACUCUGAAUUAACUCCAUAACAAGUUUGGAGGACAGAGAUGGCAGUGUGUGCACUGACCAUGUUGGACGGGAUGGAGGAGGAGGUAAUGGCAGCAGGCGGCGUGCUGCUCUUGGUCCUGGCCCUCGUCUUGGCUUGGCUCUCGACCCACGUGGCGGAUAGGGGAGACCACAUACUGGGCACCAUCCUCACUGUGGGCGCUCACGCCUCUCUCAUCAGACUGGGAGGCCACGACAGCUACAGUGGAGGGUCUCCCAGCACUGAUACGCCUGAACAACAGACUCCUCCGCCUUCGCAGGAGAACAAGCCGGACGAUGGCGAGCCGGGGACUGAGAGAGGAGAGAGCGAAGGGACGGGGGAGGGAGCUGAGGGGGUCAGGACAGAUCUACUGCUGGACAUACGGAGCAAACAACCGCAGGCUGGAAGACUACAUACUUCUGACGAGGAGGAUGAUGAGGUUGAUGAGGAGGAGGAGGAGGAUGAUGAGGAGAUGGAGGAGGAAGAUAAAAAGAUUAUAAAGCAUAUCCCAGUGUUGUCCAGCAGCAUCUCCACCACCACCACCACCACUACUACCACUUCAAUUUCUGUCCGUCUGAAGUUUUUAAAUGACACAGAGGAGGUAGCUGUUGUGAAGCCACAGGAUACAGUGGCAGUGCUGAAAAGUAAAUACUUCUCAGGGCGGGAGCAUCAAAUAAAACUCAUCUAUCAAGGCCAGUUGCUGCAGGAUCCGAAGAGAACUCUCUUAUCCCUAAACAUCACACACAACAGCGUGAUCCACUGCCACAUCUCCCAGGCCCUGCACGAGGCCAGCCCAGAGGAAGGGGCUCAGUCUGGGGCAGGAGCUGGAGCCGGAUCAGGAGUGUCCGGAGGAUUCAGGGCUGCAGGUGUCGCCAUUAGCACCAGCAGCCUGGUGGUGCCUGUGUUUGUGGUGAUACUGGCUGUGGUUUGGUACUUCCGCAUCAACUACAGGCAGUUCUUCACCGCCCCUGCGACCAUCUCCCUCGUGGGAGUCACUGUGUUCUUCAGCUUUCUGAUAUUCGGGAUGCACAGCCGCUGAAAAAAAAGGCGGAGAGGGCUUACAGCUGAAUGUUGUGAGGUGAAAAUAAAAAUAACUAUAGCGGCGGGUGGCGUCUGGAGAGAUGGACUAAUCAAAAGGGGCCUCGUUGCAGAUGCCGCAGCUGAUUGGAUUCCUGCAGUGUGUGUAGGAGGUUAGGUGAGCCAGUUUGUGCAUGUAACAAAAAAAAAAAAAACAACAACAGAUGAGUGAUUGUACAGUAUGUGUGGGGGUCAACAAAAAUCUGAGUUCAGCCUAAACUGAAUCAUAAUUUAGCUUCUCUUCAAACAUGACUUAGUGGUUCACACCAUGUGACCAACACUCUGGCUUUCUAUUGUUAGCUCUUUUACUGUUGCUGGGGAUUCAGAUGUUUUCCUGUGUCGUCGUUUUUUUAAGGCCACUGUUUCUGUGUUUUAAAGAAAAAAAGAAAAAAAAUUAACCAAUAGAUGCAAGAAUCUAAAAACCUUUUGGAACCACUCACUAUUGUGCUGUGUGUUUAAUUCUUUUACCAUUACUUUGCGUUCUUUGAAUGAUACAAGCUGUCUGUAAGCAAAUAUGGACUGUACAGCCGCCUCAGUGCAAAGCCGAAAAUUUUGAAUAUUUUUGUUGGUCGAGAAAUACUGCUCUGUAGAAAUAGGCUAAUUUAAAUAAUCGCUAGACAUGAAAAUAGACACUUUUUGAAAGUAUAUUGUAAAUAUAUUGUGUAUUUUCUGUAAAUAAAAUGAUAGAAUGAAUCAGAUGAACCUGCAUCUGGCACUUAAAGAUUUGGAGGGGACAUUGAACCCUCCUGAUUAUGCUGGACUGCUCUGGCUUCAGUGAUGUCUCAAAUUAAAGCAUUUAAAACCAAAGAUGACUCUGGAUUUGUGUGUUUGUUUGGUCUCUAAAGAACUGAGCCUCUGGGUGGAAUGUCUUUAUUUAUAUACAAAGAUCAGUAUGCAUGGCAAUGAGGAAAAAAUAAAAACAAAACAUCACAUUAUGUUCAUAUACAACAGUCAUUCACACAUGCACUGACUUGUGCUUGUGCAUGAAAAAAUAUUGCAAACCCACACAAUGACCCCUCUGUCAUUGCACUCUGCGUACAGAUACACAAAGAGCCACAAGAGAACAUCAGCAGUUAGCUUCAUUCACGAAAAUAUGGCUGCAGAGUCAAUUUAUAUCUACCAAAGUAUUUGUAAGAACAGUUCAAUUUAUCUUUAGUGCACAUCACAAGACUUUACCGAAAAGUAUUUAAAAGGACAGUCAAUGUUACUACCGACCUUGACAGAAAUAGAUGUGGAAAAAUUUUAACCAUACAAGAAAGAAAUCAAAUCAGGCUUUGUCAGAUUGUCAUGAAAAUGACUUUUGAGACUUGAACUGAAAGUGCUUGACUUAAGGGACUGUACAAAAAUUAUUAGAGUGGGGAGGAGGGAUAAAUCUUAUAUUUCAUUAAAAAAACAACAAAGAACAAGACCCUCCACAGCUGUAUAAAUGCUUUCAUUGGACCUUCCCAUUGACAGGAAAGGUAGUGACACCCUUCCUGUAAUAUCUCGUGAUUAAAUAUUAAUGACAAACAAACCACCACGGGAUAACAAAUAUAAAUUUGAUAUUUUCAUGCUAACGAAUAAGGCUGGAAAUGUUCUAUAUUUUUUGUAUUAUCAACAAAUCUCAUGUGCAGAGCCAAACCAACAAAGAACUGAUCCUACUCACAAGUAUUGUGAGUAUAUCCAAAGCCUGCUUUUGCCAAAUGAACAUUACGACCUGUGGCGCACACAAUAACUAUUUGAUCUUUUUUUUUAAAAUAAAUAUCUAAAACAGGGAAAUGACAUCAAAUAUAAUCUGGGAUGAGAAAAAGUAAAAAGACCACAGUCCCACCUACCACGCACUCAAUCAUUUUUAUACAGCCCCUGUUUUGUAGCAAUAUCCUGAUGUACAGAAAUAAAAAAAAAAUUAAAAAAACACUCUUGUAGUUUACUAUGCACUUCUGACUCUACAAUAAUAACAGCAACAGUCAAGUCUUUUGGUUUAUAAAGCCAAUUUAUCAGAAAAACAAACAAAAAAAAAAUGCUUCUCUAAGACAUCAACUGUGAAAAGUGGCAAGUACAAGAUUGGUGAAAUAGUGCAUCUGAUCUAAAGCAUGUAAAAUACUCCAUCUUACAACUUUUACAUUAGACAUUGUUGAUUAUAGGCUUACGAGAUGCAGACUUAUCACUCAUGAUCAUGAAUGACAAGCAGAACUGCAGCACUGAUCUGCUUGUUAUGUGAUUUAUAAGCACAAACUGAGUGAAAAAUACACGAGACAGUUUGGUACUGAGGAAAGAAAAAUGGCGUCAAAUUCAUGAUUCUUUUUUCCAUCUCACACAUCAUACAUACAUACAUACAUGUACUGUACAUGUGCCCCAAAAAAAGCCCACUGGCUCAGCAAAUAUCAAAAUCUGCAUUUACACACACACACACACACACACACACACACACACACACACACACACACACA